AUGAUGGAGGAGAAUGAGCACAACCCAGGAGACCUCGAGCUUCACGAGCACGAUCAACUCCCGAAUGUAGAAGAAUACAAGGCCAGUAUAGGACAUAACGGUUCCAAGAAACAAGAAGCGAGUCCCAGCAAACCAGAUCCAGACGGUCACGACGGAAUCUUUCUCACCAACGAUCAUGCUGGAGAACCAUUCAUGAUUGACGACAUGGAAGAAGGAGAUGAAAUAAUCCAAGAAGAUUACCAUGAGAUUCCCCGUCUAGGCCAAUUCAAGAAAUCCCAAGCUCGACUUCCCUGGAGCAGAGGCUGUUGGAAAUUCUGUUGUCUGAUGAGUUUCUUGUUGUUGGUCGCAGUCACUUUGGGAUUGCUCUUGACGAGUCCGGAAGAAGAAAAGGAAUUUUGGCAUUUCAUACAGGGUGAUACCAAUGGAUAUCGAGCCGUUCGCAAUUAUGUGACCGAUGUUGCCAAAUUGACCGACCCAGAUAUCUUCAAUGGCCUAGAAUCUCCUCAAUAUUUUGCGGCUCAAUGGUUGGCGCAUGGAGAUUCGUUGGCCAUGGAGGUUCCUGUUAACGAAGAUUCUCAAUACAGUCAACGUUAUGCCAUGGCGGUCUUGUACUUUUCCUUGAAUGGCCCCGAGUGGAACCACAAUUACAACUUUUUGAGUCCCGACCAUGUCUGUGCCUGGUAUCAAGAAUUUGAAGUCAUUUCGGGCGCGGACCAAGACUUGGAUCAAGAAUUCAAACUGUAUGGAGUGCACGAAUGCAAACCAGAAGAUGGGAAAUUGGUGGCGCAUGCCAUUUAUUUGCCCGCAAAUGGACUGAAUGGUACUAUCCCUGCCGAAAUAAAGGCUUUGGGUCAAUUGGAGUCCCUCGAGAUUGAAGCGAACGAUGGUUUGACGGGCAACUUGCCCUCGAUUCUCAGUGAAAUGACCAGCUUGAAACACCUAAUGCUCCAAUUUUGCAACCUGGAAGGAAAGAUACCUACUUGGAUUGGAAAAUUGACCAAUCUGGAAUCGCUUGGAUUGGGAGGGAAUGCCUUGACGGGAACCGUGCCCACGGAAUUGGGCUCGUUGACACGAUUGAACCUACUGGGCUUGGACCGCAAUCAGCUUUAUGGAAACAUUGACGUCUUUGGUCCCAUUUCGAAUUUAAGGUCUCUUUACAUUGAUUCCAACUACAUUUCCGGAUCCAUUACGGCCGCUUGGAUGGGCAAUUUCCCCCUUUUGGAAGAAUUGGAUUUGAGUGACAAUGUGAUUAGCGGACAACUUCCAAGCGACUUUUUUGAUUUGUCCAACCGGGUCAACUUGCAAGUGGUCGACUUGCAUGGCAACCAAUUGGUCGGAGAUAUUCCCACUCCUGCGACCGAGAAUACGGUCAUGACGUUCUUGUCACUACAUGAAAACAAGUUUGAAAAUGCCGUGCCCGAUUUGGUCAAACUGAGAGCUUUGAGACACGUGGACUUGAGUAGCAAUCGACUGACUGGAAAAUUGCCACAAAGCAUGGGGUUGAUGAGUAACCUUGAGUAUCUAUUUGCGGGGACCAACUCGUUUGAUCAGGGUCGGAUUCCAUUCUGGUUAUUGGAAUUGACCAACCUACGAGAGUUAAGCUUGAAGGAGUCUCAACUGACAGGAGUGAUUCCGGCCACAAUCUUUACCUAUUUGACCAAGUUGCAGUUUCUCGAUUUUCAUUUGAACAGUUUGACGGGUCAAGUACCGGAGGAUGUCUCCAAAUUGACGGAUUUGAGACACUUGCUGCUCAAAAUGAACAAGCUUAACGGAAAUAUUCCUGAGACCAUUAGUCAAAUGACCAACUUGGAAGUUUUCUUGAUUGAGCAGAAUGGUUUCUCGGGAGAUACAGAUCCUAUUUGCUCGUCUCCCGACAUGAAUAUUCAAGCCUUUGUGUCGGAUUGCGGGGAUGAUCCACCCAGUAUCGUAUGUACAUGCUGCACUACUUGCUGCAGUGUUGCAGAUGCGUUGUGCAAUACCUUUGAGUUCAAUUGGAAGGCCAACUUGGAUCCAGUCUCACAUUAUGGGUACCGACGCCAACGCUACAAUUAUGAUACCGAAAUGACGAUAGUACCAUAG